GCGCAGAAGGGGAAAAAGCUGGCAACGAAACAAACCGAACGUCAACAACUCUUUGUUCGGUUUGAAGCGAAGCGCAGUCAGCGCAGUUGCAAAAUAGUUACGGUAGGGUUUUGCGUUGUCCUGGUGAACAGCUGAACACGGAAAAUGUUGCCCCUGCUGUUUGGGAUCAUUUUCGUGAGCAAUAUUUGCUCUGUGCUGUCCCACAAACCCGGAGGAUACUACAGUGUAGAUCCCAAGUCUGAUCCGAAAUUCAUGGAGUUGGCUCAUUUCGCAACUUCAUCCCAAACUGGCGGACGUAAAUAUUACGACACGGUCGUGGAGCUUCUUGAAGUUAAAACGCAGGUGGUCGCAGGGAUGAACUACAAGUUGAAAAUGAGGAUCGGGCCUUCCAUUUGUAAAAUAGAAGACACGCAGUACAGUCGAGAGCAGUGCUUGCUACAAGAAGGAGUGCCUGCUACCGUCUGCACUGCAGUAAUCUAUGAAAUUCCAUGGCUGAAUAACAGAACUGUUACAGACUACAAGUGCGAGGUUGUCUCUGAUAAUACUCCUAGCAUUGUACCUCCCAAGCACCUGACAUUUGGGUACAUAUCGAAGCAUCUAAGACUGUCUCAGACACGGACGCUCUUUGACACUUUUCUGAAGUCCUACAACAAAAGUUACGUUGACAAAAGAGAGCAUGAAGUUCGAUUCAAAGUCUUCAAGCGCAACUUGAAACGAAUUGCCCUGUUCAACAAGAUGGAGAAAGGAACCGCUCAUUAUGGCCUUACUGAAUUUUCUGACCUUUCGCCGAGCGAAUUCCAGCAGUAUCACACAGGCCUCAAGAAAAGUGUCCAGGAGCACAUGUCUGAAGUCAUGUCAGUGAAAGUUCCAGUUACGGAACCUCUGCCGACAAAUUUUGACUGGAGAACAAAGGGAGCUGUGACACCUGUCAAGAACCAGGGUGCUUGUGGAUCGUGUUGGGCCUUCUCCACGACAGGCAACAUCGAAGGACAGUGGUUCUUAGCGCGCAAGAAGCUUGUCUCUCUUUCAGAACAAGAGCUGGUUGACUGCGACAGCAUGGACCACGGUUGUGCAGGUGGCUACAUGGGCAGUGCAUACAAGGCGGUAAUUCAGCUAGGUGGCCUGGAAACGGAAACAGAAUAUCCCUACAGAGGAAGGGACGAGAGCUGCGAGUUCAACAAAACUGAGGCUAAAGUUCGUAUCAAGAGCUACGUUGGACUUCCACAGAACGAAACUGAGCUGGCUUACUGGCUGAUGAAGCAUGGACCCGUCUCUGUAGGAAUCAAUGCUAAUGCUAUGCAGUUCUAUUUUGGCGGCAUCUCACACCCAUGGAAAUUUUUAUGCAGCCCGGAUGAUUUAGACCAUGGUGUAUUGCUGGUUGGCUUUGGAGUUGAUAAGACGAUUUUCAGAAAGAAGCCUAAGCCUUACUGGAUUAUCAAAAACAGCUGGGGCAAAUUCUGGGGUGAAAAGGGAUAUUACAGAGUCUACAGAGGUGAUGGUACCUGUGGAGUCAACAAGAUGGCAACUUCAGCUGUGGUUCCACAAAAACACCAGUAGUGCUGUAGAAUGAAAAUGUGCACAAAUGCAAAAAUGAUGGUGAACUGUACAGGAAACUUGAAAGGAGCUGCUAAGUGUUACCGAAGCUGGAGGAUCCAUUUGAUGCCAAUACACUCUCUGGAGGAUCAACAAUAUUUUGAUUUUUAUGGACAACAAUUUUUUUAUUAAUAUAGUGGUCACAAGUUUGGUAGUUGCUUAGGCAUAAGAUUAUUUUGUGAAUGUAGUCUCGCAUACUACCAUAUACUACAUCAUGUCGAAUAUUUUAAUGUCUAAUUAGGUGUAUGUGCCACAUGGGCUGUUACGAACGGAAGUGUUCUUUUUGUAUUCCACUCCUUUUCCCCCAACACGCACACAUAUUAUAUAAAGCUAUACCAUUGCAGAA